AAAGGGAAAGUGGGCAAAAAAUUACACAAAACCAUUUAAUAAUAAAAAAAUGGCGAGUCCCAAACUUUUCUCUAUCCCAAUCUCACCUUCACAAAUUACAGUUUUGCCAUCCGCCUUCCUCUCCUCCGCCAACAACGGGACACGUCGCCUUUCAAUCGCCGUCCGAUCUCACCGCCGGAAGAUUCGUAGGAGACCUCCUGACAGAGAUAUGUCGUCAUCCAUAGUUUCAAUGUCGGAGCUUCCUCCUCGCCGGCGUAAUUCCGAGGAAAGCCUUCUUCUAGAUUCUAGGAUCAGUGUAGCUGAAGGAGAUGUAGAAGGAGACAGAGAUACUUCUUCUUCUUCUUCUUCUUCUAGUGUUAUUAGAACACAGCCUCCUCGUAACAAUAAUAAAGGAAGAAGUCUUAGUAGCAGAGCCAUGUUUUACGGUGUUGAAUUAUCACCGGACAAUGUUGCUGUAGCUAUGGUGUAUUUUGUUCAAGGUGUUUUAGGACUCGCUAGGCUAGCUGUUAGUUUCUAUUUGAAAGAUGACUUGCAUCUUGAUCCUGCUGAGACAGCUGUGAUAACGGGUCUUUCUUCAUUGCCAUGGCUUGUUAAGCCUCUUUACGGUUUUAUUAGUGAUUCAGUGCCUUUAUUUGGCUAUCGGAGGAGGUCGUAUCUGGUUCUCUCCGGACUUCUUGGUGCAUUUUCGUGGAGUUUGAUGGCUGGUUUUGUUGAUAGUAAAUAUAGUGCUGCUUUUUGUAUACUUCUUGGUUCCCUCUCUGUCGCCUUUUCUGAUGUGGUAGUAGACUCGAUGGUAGUGGAACGGGCUCGUGGUGAGUCACAAAGCGUGUCGGGAUCUCUGCAGUCUUUGUGCUGGGGAUCCUCGGCUUUUGGUGGAAUUGUGAGUUCAUACUUUAGUGGCUCCCUGGUGGAGUCAUAUGGUGUAAGGUUUGUAUUUGGGGUGACAGCUUUACUACCUUUGAUAACUUCAGCAGUUGCUGUUCUCGUGAACGAACAACGUGUGGUCAAACCAGCAUUAGGGCAGAAAGAGAACAUAACCUUGGUCAGUCCUGGCUUUCUUCAGACCUCAAAGCAGAACAUGAUUCAGCUAUGGAGUGCCAUUAAGCAACCAAAUGUUUUCCUCCCUACCUUAUUUAUCUUCUUAUGGCAAGCCACACCACACUCAGAUUCUGCAAUGUUUUACUUCACUACGAACAAACUUGGCUUUACUCCGGAGUUUCUGGGACGAGUUAAAUUUGUGACCUCAAUUGCAUCGUUGCUCGGAGUAGGACUGUACAAUGGAUUCCUGAAGACUGUUCCACUGAGAAAAAUCUUUCUCGCGACGACAGUUUUUGGCACGGGUCUUGGAAUGACUCAGGUUAUCCUUGUGUCAGGUUUUAACAGACAGUUGGGAAUUAGCGACGAGUGGUUUGCCAUCGGAGAUUCUCUAAUCCUAACAGUCCUCGCUCAGGCUUCAUUCAUGCCGGUUCUUGUGUUAGCAGCGAGACUGUGUCCAGAAGGAAUGGAAGCAACUCUCUUCGCUACACUCAUGUCAAUCUCUAAUGGAGGCAGUGUUCUAGGUGGACUUAUGGGUGCAGGGCUGACUCAAGUAUUCGGCAUCACAAAAGACAGUUUCGGUAACCUAUCAACGCUUAUUAUUCUCUGCAAUCUUAGCUCAUUGCUCCCUCUGCCUCUUCUCGGUCUUUUACCGGGAGAUUCUCCAGACACUCUUACGAAAGAUGAUGCAGACAUUGAGAUGAAGUCGAAUUAAGGAAGAUGAUCAAUGAUAAUGACAAAAGUUAAAAUGUUAUACCUUUUGGGGUUAUGUGUCUCAAACCCUAUGAUUACUUGAGAAGAAUGAUGCAGGCUAUUUAACUUGAAAAUUAUUCCAUAUCAUGUAACCAAAAUGGUGUAAUUUAAAAUACAAUAAACUCUUCGUUAAAUUCCAGAAACCUACUUCAAUAUGCA